GUGACGUAAAACAAUUGCUAAAACAAGCUCUCUCGCGGUGCUGUAUUUCCUAUUUUAAGACCUAGGUUUGGCUUUAUAGUCAUCUUAUAGCUUAUUUGUUUUGGGUGGAUGGAAAAAGCUGUCUGUGGUCUUUAAGAAAUGUUGUUUUAAAGCGCUGGUUCUGUUAGCUUGCUAGCUACUCGAGUCAUGGGGAGUGAAAAUGAGAAGACUUUUAAGUUUGUGAUUGUUGGAGGCGGCAUUGCGGGUGUGACAUGUGUGGAGCAGCUUUCGUCUCAGUUUCCAUCAGAGGAUGUGGCUCUGAUCACAGCUGGUCCCCACAUAAAAGCAGUGACCAACUAUAAACAGGUGUCCAGAACACUGGAGAAGUUUGAUGUGGAAGAGAAGCCAUUCAGUGUUUUACAGGAGAAGUUUCCUAACCUGACUGUUAUCCAUUCUGCUGUGAAAUCACUGGACACACGUUCACAUUGUUUGGAAACUGCAGAUGGUCGAGUGUUUGGCUAUAAGAAGCUUUGUAUAUGCAGCGGUGCCCGUCCAAAGCUCCUGACUCAGGAGAAUCCUUAUGUGCUGGGAAUCCGGGACACAGACAGCGCACAGGAGUUUCAAAAACAGUUAUCCAAAGCUAAGAGGAUUGUUGUCAUUGGAAACGGAGGCAUCGCCUUAGAAUUAGUGUAUGAGGUGAGGGGCUGUGAAGUGAUCUGGGCUGUGAAGGAUAAAGCCAUCGGAAACACCUUCUUCGAUGCCGGGGCGGCGCAGUUCCUCAUCCCGUCACUCGAGGCCGACAAAGCAGAGGUGGCUGCUCCGUGCAAGAGGCAGCGCUACACCACAGAGGAACCAAACCCUAAUGCUGCUCAUACCUUCACCGCAGAUGAAUAUUCCCGUGGGCAGAAGCCUGGAGGUGUUCAGCCUGGUAGUGCUCUCGGCCCAGACUGGCAUCGAGGAAUGGAGCUGAAAGGAGCAGAGCAGGUGUCCCGCCGCGUUUCAGUGGAAUACCAGUGUGAAGUGGCACAGAUUUUAACCUCAGAGGAGUUCCUCGUCUCCUCAAAGCAAACACUAAAACCUGACACUGGACGCUGGCCGGUUUACGUCCAGCUGACGAACGGCAAGACGUUAGGCUGCGAUUUUGUGGUCAGCGCCACCGGGGUCGUUCCAAACACGGAGCCUUUUCUCCACGGCAACAACUUUUCGUUGGCAGACGAUUGUGGCCUUCAGGUAAACGAUCAUUUGAUGACUUCAGAGCCAGAUGUGUACGCCGCAGGAGAUGUGUGCACUGCAUGCUGGGAGCACAGCCCGCUUUGGCAGCAGAUGCGCCUGUGGACGCAGGCUCGUCAGAUGGGCUGGUACGCAGGCCGCUGCAUGGCGGCCGAUGUCCUCUCUGAGCCGAUCGAGCUGGACUUCUGCUUCGAACUCUUCUCACAUGUCACCAAAUUCUUUAACUACAAGGUAGUCCUGCUGGGAAAGUUUAAUGCCCAAGGCUUGGGGUCUGAUCAUGAGCUGCUAGUUCGCUGCACCAAAGGCCAGGAGUAUAUCAAGGUGGUUCUCAGCAGGGGUAGGAUGGUGGGUGCGGUGCUGAUCGGAGAAACUGACUUAGAGGAGACUUUUGAAAACUUGAUCCUCAACCAGAUGGACCUGACAGCGUACGGAGAGGAGCUGCUUAAUCCCAACAUAGAUAUCGAGGACUACUUUGAUUAACGGCUUCUGACGUUUCUGAGACCUGUUCUGAAGAAGCAUGCGGGUCUUCUCUGCUGUCUGGAGAAGAUUUGAUUUUCUUCCAAGUCUGGAAGGAAUGAAGGAUUCGGAAAUUUUAUUGUCAAGAAGAUAAAAAUCUGUAUUUCAAAAAAAAAAAAUCCUUUUACAGUGA